AUGGUGAAAGGAGGCAGCACAACGCUGAAUACGAUAUUCCAUACAUUCGGCUAUGUUAGGAACCUUUCAUAUGUUUUACCGGUGAAGAACAGGAUAUACCUCGGGUGGCCUUAUCAAAUAAAAAAGGAAUUCUUCAGGCCGGCGAUCAAUGGACCAUUCAAUAUCUUCUGCGAACAUUCCGUGUUCAAUAAGACAGCCAUGUCUGAAUUUAUGCCCAGGGAUACUAUCUAUGUCACAAGUGUCCGAGAACCGUUUUCCCACUUCAAAUCCGUGUACAACUACUAUAAAGUAGGUCAAAUCUCGAUCGCAGGUCAAGAUGAAAAUGUUGGUCAAUUUCUUAGGGACGCUGCCAUAUAUGACUCGAUUUAUAAAUCCCAUGGAAAGAUGAAUGAGCGAAGUUGCGUGCCAGAUAACUUCUCAAUGACGAGGAACCUCCAGUCUCACAUAUUUGGUAUCCCAGUAGGAUAUCCUCAAGGUACGCUAGACGUGUCUAGGCAACCGUUACAACUCGUACAUUACAUAACGAAACGAUUCAAAGAAUAUGACCUUGUCAUAGUCCUCGAGUAUUUGAAUGAGUCGUUGGUGCUGUUGAAGCGACUGAUGUGUUGGAGUUUGCGGGACAUCAUCUAUAAACCUGCAAAUGUGCUCCAGUACGUCCAGAAGUUAGAUGAUGGACAAGAGAACAAGAAUAUUUACAGAAAAUGGAGUAGUGCUGAUCACAUGCUUUACGACCACGCGAACAUAACGUUAUGGAACAAGAUUGCACUCGCUGGCAAUGAUUUCAAAAUGGAAGUCGCUCAAUUCGAACAGAUACAAUCCAAUGUUACAGAGUUUUGCACCUCUGAUGUAAAGAAGGAAUACAUCUACAUCCCCCAAAAAUGUAACACUGGUUGGACCAAGCUGGACACUAGUGGAGCAUCGUUCAUGUUACCCUCGACAACACGAAGUUUUUCCGACGCCAAGGCAGCAUGCGUUGCGAAUGAAAGCAAACUUGCCAGCAUUCACAGCGAUGUCGAGAAUAACUUCCUGAUUGAGCUGAUGGCAGGGUGUAGCUACAGUGUCAUCUGGAUUGGUCUGACAAAUGACUUAACAUGGGUGGAUGGUUCAUCCUAUGACUUCAAGAAUGAGGGCAGAAACAAAUUGGUUUCGAGAAAUUCUAAUGGGCCAUUAAAGUGCGCGAAGCUUGUGCAACAUAAUGAUCAUUACGACUGGAAAGAGGCCGCCUGUUCAGAGCAGCUGAACUUUGUUUGUAGAAAAGUUUUCAUAGAUCUAAGCAAGGGAGCAACAGUUCAUGUUUUCGACGGAGAAAACCCGCUAGCUCUGCGGUACGACAGCAAAUGGAGCGAUGCUAUUGCUAGAGUAGCAUGUGCGGAAGCAGGCUAUGAAGGAGGGCGUGCCAUUUCAAGCAGACUGUAUGGCGAGAUGGCCGUGGUCAUUUCAAAAAACAUCCAACAUAUGAUGGUCAAAAUGUUCCCUUGUUAUAGAACGAAGACAAAAGAUUGUUGCGGCAAAACGACGGACCGUCUUACCUCGUACUAUGCUGCUGUUGCUGUUUGUGACAUCAAUGGAACAAAGUUCUACUCGGCGAAUGUGAAAAACAAUCGUGUCUAUUCGGAGAUCCAAAACGUGGAAAGGGGAAUAUGCGGAGACUCGUUCACGGAACACGAUGCGUUAGUUUCCUGCAGAUCUGCUCCAGACACUCAGACGGCAAUCGCAAUUCCAGGGGAGUUUUUUGAAACCGAAAUAACGCCGAAUGUCUGGUUUGCGAGUCUGGGAUGUUCGGGAAGUGAAAAUAGUCUUUUCGAAUGUCCGAGCGCCAUGACAAUAGGAGCUGAUGUAUCUCCGACAUCGUGUAACUCUUCUGCGAUGGCUGUCUGUGCUGACAAAUACACUGUAUCUGCCAGGAACGGGAAUAUAGGUUCAGUCCUAAUACAGGCAGGCGCUUACGCCUACUUUGCACUGCCUGAAACCUUUGGGGCAGAUGAAGCCAAGGCUCUCUGCAUGUCCACACCCACCUCAGUCGGUGCAUUCACAAAAGGGUUACCUUACAAACACGUCAUCCCUGCUGCUAAUAAAACAACGAUAAAAGUUGUGAUUGACUGUGAGGCUGGUGUUACUGAUAUAACAAAGUGCCGUACACGCAUCAAAGUUGACAGCAACGAUACAGUGGCCGGUGUCGUAUGUUACAAUGGAAUGGAACCCGUCAUAUCUAAUACACACUAUGGCAAUGUGAUGGUCGAGCUGUCCAAUGCCAAGUACACUAUUUCGGCUAGACUUGGGGAGUUUGAAGCUAAAACAAUAUGCGACCAGAAACAAUAUUCAUUCGGCGUACCAUAUGCAUAUAAUAUCCCGUCGAAUAAGAUAACAACAAUUCCAGAAUUACAACUGAGUUUUGGUUGCUCACAACAAAUGCCGAAGAUUGAAAUGUGCAAUGCAGAAAUCAAGAACAUCAUCGUUGAGAAGAUUGCUGGCGUUUUCUGUUUCAAAGACCCAGGUUCACUGCCAGUUGGUACCAACUAUGGUUCGGUGACGCUGACAGUUGGUUCUACCACGCACUUUAUAUCGGCUAAAGAUUGGGGCACCACAGAAGCUUCGGCACUAUGUAAAGGACAAGGAUUCCGGCGGGGACUUCCUUAUAUCAAUUCAACAGAUGUAGACAGCAGCAAACCUCUCCUGAGCUACCAAUGUGACACCGUCAAAGCAAAAAUAGCGGAUUGCACCUUUACUGUUGUUGCACCCCAAAGUCAAAAGUUUAAGGUUGCUGCAGCUCUGUGUUACGAUGUCUUCGAGCCCGCUCUAAAUGAACAAACCUUUGGUGGAGUCACAGUGAGGACAAACUUCCAGAGUAAUGGCAGUUACGAAAUCUAUCCAAGCACCGACGGUUGGAGCAAUGACGAGGCCGGAACAGUUUGUCGGAACCUGUCCUUUACCCAUGGAAUUGGUUUCAUCAGCAGCCUUCCUGCCAGCAAAUCAGGCGUACGACUCGCCAUGAACUGUACCAGCUCCAUGUCUCGCGUCCAAGAGUGUCAAAUACGUGUUUUAUACUCGGACACGUUGACUAAGGUGGCGGAGGCUUUUUGUUAUUCGGAAGCAGAUAUGUUUUCUGAGCAAAAACCAUAUGGCCGAGUGAUGAUCAAAGUACGAUCCGCUAAAUUCAGCAUUUCAUACGAUGGUUGGGGGUUAAACGAAAGAACAGCAUUUUGCAACGCGCUGUCAUUGAAACGAGGGAUAGGCUUUCCUGCUGAGGCCAAGGAUGAGCAAAAGGCUUUCGGCUUAAACAUAACGUAUGCCUGCGAGAAGACUGCAACUAAGCUUAAUGACUGCACGUUGCUGGUUCAGAGGGGUGUGAUCUCUCAUACUGCAAGUGUGGUAUGCUACGACAACCUUGUUCCAUCUUUAGAAAGUGGAAACUUUGGCACAAUUACCGUUAAUUUAACGAAAACAAACUACACAUCUCCAAUCAAAGCAAACAGUCUCAGUGUCUCAACAGCCGGAACAAUUUGUUCUCAUCUAACAACACCGGCUGCCAAAGGGUUUAGAUACACUAGCUCGUUGGAAAAGGAAACUAACUGGUCUUUGACCUUUGAGUGUGAAGAAGUGAAAUCUGCACUUGACGAGUGCACGCCUAAGCUACUCUUUGAGAGACAGUCACGUGCCGCAAGUGUCUUUUGCUACAACCAGUUUGGUUUAACCAAUGUAACCUACGGAAUGCUGAAAGUAAAUACAACCAACGUAGGUGAGGUCUUGUAUGUGUCACCUUUAGGAUGGGGCGAGGAGGAGACGAUCGUCGCCUGUAGGGGACUUGGUUAUUCUACGGGAAGGACCUACAAUACAACUGCUGUCAACGUGACGUCCCCACUCAGCAUUAUGUUCGAUUGCGAGAAUACGGAGCCAAGCUUGGAGAACUGCACAUUCAGAAUUAAAAAAGUAGAAAAUACCGCCUUCAUUAAUAUCGUAUGCCACGACAGUAAGGUCAAACUAUCAAACAGAACGUUCGGUGCUGUUCAGGUUCGGGCGGGUAACAAGCACUACCUUAUCAACGCAUAUGAAUGGGGCAAAGAAGAGGCAGAGGUUUUGUGCAAAGCCCAGGGACUUCCUAAAUGGUUUCAAUACGCCGGGCCAGGGACCUACCUGACGUUUAACAUCAGGUGUUCAGGCAGUGAAGAGGCGAUUGAAGACUGCAACUUUGACCCAUUUGGAUAUCAAGUGAAUGAGACUGUCCAGAUGUUCUGCUAUGAGUCAUUUCAAGCACUCCUAUGGAACACUCAUGGCCCGGUCGGACUAAAAGCGAACAAAAACGUGUUUUACAUAUCCUCCGUUGGAAACUACUCUGUAUUUGCCAACACCACCUGCAAGGAAUUCGGCUUCGAUUAUGGCUUUUCCUAUAGAGUCAACCCAUCCCGGAUAGGUGUUCCUAACAACGUUGUAGUCGCUUUUAAUUGCUUAGGGAAUGAGACUGGGAUUUUGGAAUGCCCCGCAAAGGUUCUGGUCGGAAAUCAUUUACACGUUUUGAGUGUCAGCUGUCAUAAGAAUGAUGCAGUUUUCUUUACUCACAAGAAGGAAGGAGACUUUAUCACACCGAUGGUUGAGGAGAAGUACUAUUUUUCAACAAUUUCUUGGCAUCGGAAAGAAGCAGAGAUUCUCUGCAAGCAGUUUGGUUACACACAUGGUCUGAUUUCCUCUGUUGUACAGAGUGAUGUGCCAGCAAACGUCACGUUUGGUUAUAACUGUAGUUCGCAUGAACUAAGUAGCAUAACCCAUUUAGAGAACUGUACUGCAUUCGCAAGAGACUGGCCUACUACAAAUGAAACUGCUGUGGCUUUCUGUUGCAAUGAUGCACACGCCUCUAUUGAAUUUGUGAAUCACGGUCGUCCAGGAGUCACAGUAGACGGUGUCCUUCAUCAUAUAGCCAACACAACGUGGUCAGGUCGUCAUGCAACUGCUUUGUGCCGGGGCCUCGGCUUUUACUCUGGCUGCCACUUUUCCGGUGAAGCAUAUGGCAGAGGUGUGGCCCCCCUCCAGCCGGAUUCUAAUAACAAGUCACUAUAUUUCAAAUGCGAUGGCGACGAGACGUCAUUGUUAGGCUGUAGGAUCUUCUUUGAGAAAGCUGAACCACGCGUUCCCGCGGCUGCAGUAUGCUUUAAUGAUCAGAAUCACUUCAAGGAAUACGUUGCAGUGAAUUACACGCUGCAAGCGGAUAGCACAGAAUCCCAGGUCAAUGCAACCGUCAUGGUGGAGCAACACGGCGUGGCAGGCUACUUGUGUGAUCCGAAUGGGGACUUGAGCCUUUUGGAGACCUAUCUGCUCUGUCUAGGGCUGGUUGGGAAGUGGAGUAGAGCUGUCGCGUCCGGUGCCGCGAGUAUACCCUUCAACAAUUCCAACCCAACGUGGUUUGGGGGAGGCCCAGCAUUGUCAGCGCCGUCGCAGAUUGAAGACUGUAGACUUCCUUGGGUUAACCCCAAUAGUAGCUGCACUGCGGUUGAUCAAGAUGGUUUUAUGAAUGUUAAAUACGUCACGUGUUCAAAAGGUUUCCUGCUACGACUAAACCCAGGACCUCAUCGUGGCACAGUUGAAGUGAACGACAAAGGCUACGAAUGGGAAAAGCUUGUCACCAUUCGUAAAUCGGCUUGGACACUUGACGUCCUUACCCCGAUAUGUCAGCAUCUUGGUUAUGAAUUUGGGAGGAUUCUUCCAAGUUCAUCAAAUAAAAAUCAAAGUGGCAUCUGCCUCAACUCCACCGCGUGUGUGAAUUCACCGGACUUUCUCUGUGAGUCUGAGAAGGAAUGUUUGAAAGGAUACGCCAAAGAUGUGUCUUGGUGUUUUUCAAUAAAACCUGUGGUGAAAAGGUCUGUGGCUUAA